AAGUUUCAAAGAAGCCUCAGACCCGGGCCAGGGACACUGUCAGCUAUCUUUGUAACUUUGAGAGGAAAGCAGGCGGCAGCUAAGCGUAGAUGGUCGGCUCUCGAGACCCGGAGGUAGUGGGUCAAAUAGGACCAGAAGGGGAAGCCUUGCCCUCCUCCGGACUUUGUCCCUCCCAGAUUUCUGAGCUGGCGAGCAGCAGCUCCGCACUGCAGCCAGAGCCAAUUGUGAAAGGCUGAACGAAGCCCAGCCCAGCGGAAGGAAAGGUUUCAGAGUUGGUUGUUUCUCCCUGAUAAAGGAGCCCUUCCUUGCUUUUGCUUUUAUUCUCUCUGGUAUUGGACGGAACAGCCCUCCAGAAGCAAUUUAGAGUGAUUGGUGAAAGGAAACACACCAAAAGCUCGCAGCAACAAAAAGGAUGAAAUUCUUUCUGCAGUGUCUUCAGUUUCUGCCCUUACUGAUCAUCUUCAGCUUAGAGUCGCUUCUGAAGCUUUUCAUUCCUAAGAAGAGAAAAUCAGUUACUGGAGAAAUCGUCCUGAUUACUGGAGCUGGACACGGAAUUGGGAGACUAACUGCCUAUGAAUUUGCCAAACUUAAAAGCAAACUGGUUCUGUGGGAUAUAAAUAAGCAUGGGAUUGAGGACACAGCUGCGGAAUGCAGGAGACUGGGUGCGAAGGCUCAUGCCUUUGUGGUAGACUGCAGUAAUCGAGAAGAUAUUUACAGCUCUGCAAAGAAGGUGAAAGCAGAAAUUGGAGAUGUUAGUAUUUUAGUAAAUAAUGCUGGUGUAGUCUACACAUCGGAUUUGUUUGCUACACAAGACCCUCAGAUUGAAAAGACUUUUGAAGUUAAUAUACUUGCACAUUUCUGGACUACAAAAGCAUUUCUUCCAGUGAUGAUGAAGAAUAAUCAUGGCCAUAUUGUCACUGUGGCUUCAGCAGCUGGGCAUACUGGGGUCCCCUUCUUACUGGCAUAUUGUUCAAGCAAAUUUGCUGCUGUCGGAUUUCAUAGAGCUUUGACUGAAGAACUGGCUGCCUUAGAAAGAACCGGAAUCAAAACAACAUGUCUCUGCCCUAAUUUCAUAAAUACUGGCUUCAUCAAAAACGCAAGUACCAGUUUGGGACCCAUUCUGGAACCUGAGGAAGUGGUAGACAAGCUGAUGGAUGGGAUCCUGACUGAACAGAAAAUGAUUUUUAUUCCAUCUUCUAUAUGCUUGUUAACAGUACUGGAAAGGAUCCUUCCUGAGCGUUUCCUGGCAUUUUUAAAACGAAAGAUCGAUAUUAGGUUUGAUGCAGUUAUUGGAUAUAAAACUAAAGGACAAUAAGUUCUACAUGGGCUGCAUUCUACAUUUAGUUGAUGUAAAUAUAUACCUUAAAAAUGCUUGCUUUCCAAAACAUCAUUAUAUUUAAGUAACAUAACUUAAAUUCUUCUUCAUACGUUAGCCAUAGAUAAAUAAAACUGAUUUAGCAGGUUUCAGUGGAUUUCAUCUAAUAUUCACCAGAAUUUUAACGUUUAGACUUCUGCUUUUCCUAAUUAUCUUUUUUUUCUUCAGUAUCCUCUUUUGAGGCCCUGGCAGUGCACAUUUAUUACCACCUUUCCUCUAGCUGAAAGCUAAUUUCAUAUAAUACAAAGAGGGGAAUAUCUUAGGAAUUGACCUCACAGAAAAUGGAGAAAAGGAACAAAAAUAAUUUUAUAAUAAUUUCUAAGAGUUUGUGGCUUGUGAAGGCUUUGCAAAAUUUGUAUUAUAAAUAUGUAAGAUAUAGUGGUAUUUCUAAUUUCACUUAAGUUUUAUAUAAUUCACGUGUUUCCUUUUCUAUUCUCCAUAAAAACAGAAACUUCAGGCUCUCUAAAUUUAAUGAAGAACUGUAUCUAAUGGCAUUUCACAGUGAGUUUCAUGUGAUGUAAGAAAUACUGCUCAAACAUUUCAUCCUGCACAUUACCACACUGUUUCAUUCCAAAGCCAAACAUUUCAGCUCAAGGAAACUAGAGAUGGACACAUCUUGCAGGUAUAGAAGCACCAUUGGGAUUUGAGGCAGAGAAUUAAGAGAAUGUACCCAUAGUGGCAACAAUAAACAAAUCAAACUUAAA